CAAGCUGAUCAUAUAACGGAUCUCGAGUUUGACGCAGUCGCGUGAAUUGACAGGACUCGGUAGGACGUGUACGCGAUCGUGCUUGCUUGAUCGAGACAUCGGCGAGGAUCCGAUCAAGAUCAUUUUGCCAAGAAAUCGAUGCUAAGCGAAGAAAGGCAGCAUGGAGAGCCCGGAGCAGCCGAGUAACGAACAAAAACCGAAAGACAGGUUAGUCGACCUGUUGGAUCACAUCGAGGUUCACGUAGAGCAACUGCGGAAGGAUGCCCUCAGACUUGAGGAAGAGAAAGAUAGUCUGUUGACGACCCUGGACACUCUUAGGAACAAUGAUUUGCUGUUUACCCUCAAGGAGCCUGAUAGAGAUGAUAUCUUGAGGUAUGCAGAUAGAUUAUCCAUGCGAUGUUCUACAGUAGAUGUGCUGGUGACGGUUCAACGAGAUCAAGUUCAAGAGGAAGCGUUGCAUCAGGUUAACGGUUUGAUCGAUAGCCUGGUUGUGGGCUUGCGACAAGAUCCAAGUAGCACUCGACAGCGAUGUGCCGAAUUCAUGAACGCGUGCUCUUCCCAUGGCAUGGGACAUUCCGACAAAAUCUUCGAAACUGCCAUUCUCGGGUGUACAUUGGAUGAUCAGAAGCGGGUCAAGAAGAGACUACAAGGACUGCUCGAUUAUAUCGAUAAGAUGCACAUCUUGGAAAUGACACAGUAAAAAUUAUUUGAUGGAUAAA